AUGAUAGACUCAGUUAUCUGGAGGAUUGACGAUGAGAGAGUGCGUUCACACUUCAUGGAUCUCCCCUUCUGGAAUAUUCCCGUAAGCCCAGGAGGGAAUCGCAUGGCUGGACUGUGCAGUGGCGGCUCUGCCAUCAUCAUGACGUUUGCCGUGUGUUUGGAGGCCCAAAGUGUGUUGCGUUUCCUCAGAGAUGGCGCGACGGAGCUAAAUUCAGUGGCAGCACAACUUGCAGGCCGACAGGAAGAGAGUGAGGACUGCCAUAAACACCUGGUGGAGCUGAGCCGUGAAUUCAAGAAAAAUGUCCCAGAGGAAGUGUUGGAGAUGGUUUCUCCCAUCCUCAAGAGUUUUCAAGCUCAGGUGGUUGCGUUGAGCCAGCGCAGUAAGGAGGCGGAGUCUGCAUUCCUGGGAAUUUACAAACAGCUGAUCGAGGCCCCAGCUUCUCUCAUAUUCUCCAUGAACGGUGCCACUCCCAUGAUCUUCCUGGUGUCCUCAUUCAUAACGUGGUCCAGUCGGGUCUUUCCCGUUGAUGGUGACUGUGCCUGCGGUUUGGGGGCCACCUUCCAUGUACUCCGUCUUGUCGAGGUUGAGUUACAGCCCACUUUUGCCGAGGUGGUCAUUCAACUGUUUCACUGGGGCUUUGAGUUCCUGGCAGGACUCUUUGGCUCACGGUGGCUCAGUGAUCCAACUCCGCUGCUAGAGGCCACACACUCUCUGGGUGAGAGACUGGCAGAACUUCAGCGUUCGGCUCCAGAUGGUGAAGCUCUGAUCACAGAUAUCUCGACCCAUUGGAGGAGACACCUAGAGUGCCUUGUCAAAGCAGAACACGCAGAGGAGGAGUCUGUAACCAUAGAAACAGCGGAGGCGUCGGCACAGCGGCCCCAUAUGAUGACACCAAACAGCACACAGGACGUCCAGGAUGGAGAUUCUCCACUCCAAAACCAUCAGAACCAGGAGGAAGAGGAGGAACAUGAAUCAGAUCGGAUUAAAGCACUUCAGUCAUCACUGAACUCUGUCCGAUCAGAGCUGCGGGAAAUGAGGUGUAAAUACGACAAGGAAAUGGCUGAAAAAGUGGAGGAGAUGGGCGUGUUAAUGGUGAAUCUGGAGAAGGCCAACCAGCGCGCUGAUUUAGUCCAGAGGGAAGUGAACAGGCUUCGGGAACAGCUCGCUGAUACUCACAGCACUUCUAAAGGGCCCGGACCAUCAGUGGAGGGACACAAAGAGGAGAGAGAGCGCAAUGAGAGGGAUGCGCGACUGGAGGCGUUGCUGUUCUCUAAGGACAGAGAGAUCCUCAGACUGCUCGAGAACGUCCAGAGGCUGCAGUUCACUUUACAGGAAGUCCAGAACUCGUCGGCCAAUCAGAUCACGGAGCUGGAACGCCAGUUGGCCUAUAAGUCAGAAGCUAUAGAGGUGAAAAGUCUUGAGGCCAAACUUCAGUCCCAGAUGGACUAUGAAGAGAUUAAAACAGAACUUAGUAAGGAGUAUCUUAACAUGAAUUAUAUGUGUCUCCUGCAGUAUCCUGAAAGCCUUGAAGCUGGCAUCAGCAAACGGAAGUUCCUCACAGAUGAGGGUCGCACAGAGGACUCCAGUAAGGGCAUGGGUCGCCCCGCAGUGUCGUAUUCCUCCCCUCCAGGAACGUUGCCCAUAGAUGGCUGCACUUCCUCCAGUCCAGACCCGACCAACACCGACACACCUUCCUCUGCCCUCGAACUGCCACGCCCCUUCUCAGUGUCACCCUGCUCGGGCGAGAAACUUCCAGCAGAUCAACUCCUGCAGAAGCAACUCCUGUCGCCCCUCUUUAAGAAAGACGGCGCCUCCAUCAUGGCGUUCCCCACCGCCCUCUAUGCCGCCAAAGCUGCUCUCAUGUCAGCCAAUCAGAACUCUUCUUUGCCUGUCGCCAUGGAGACAGGCAUGCCAAGUGACCAAUCAGAGAAUGGUAGCUCAGGCGGAGCAGACGACGACCAGCCGGACACAGCAGAAAUCGCCUUUCAGAUCAAAGAGCAGCUGCUGAAACACAACAUCGGUCAGCGAGUGUUCGGUCACUAUGUGCUGGGCCUCUCACAGGGGUCGGUCAGCGAGAUCCUCGCCCGACCCAAGCCCUGGAGGAAGCUCACGGUCAAGGGCAAAGAGCCUUUCAUCAAAAUGAAACAGUUCCUGUCAGAUGAACAGAACAUUCUGGCUUUACGCACCAUACAGGUUCGCCAGCGAGGAAGCAUCACUCCUCGCAUCCGAACUCCUGAAACUGGGUCAGACGAUGCCAUCAAGAACAUUCUAGAACAGGCCAAGAAGGAGAUCCAGUCGCAGAGAGGUGAUUGUAAGUCAUCUAUGAGCUGUUCAUCGGGCCGUAACAGCUCUGGAGGAAGCAGUAGUUCAGAUGAAACCAUAAAGAGCAUUCUGGAACAGGCCCGUCGAGAGAUGCAGGUGCAGCAGCAGGCCCUUCUGGAGAUGGAGGCAUGCGGCCGGGUGUCCACCAGCGAGCGUUUCGGCCUGCAAGAUCCCGCCAAGGGUCAGCCUCCCCCAACACCGCCCUUUAUCAAACAGGAAGACGGCAUGCCCGUGCCAGCGUGUGUGUCCAGUCCAACAAGCAGCACUCAGACCCCUCUGAGUGUCCUCUCGCCCGCCGCAUUCGUCCAGAACAUCAUCCGUAAAGUGAAGUCAGAGAUCGGCGAGGCGGGGACGUAUUUCGAUCAGCACUGGUCUGCAGACCGUGGCGCGGUCAUGAUGGGAGCAUGCGUCACUUCUCGCCCUUUCACCUCUGUCUCUCCCUCGCUCUCCUCUUCUUCUUCUACGGGUCACGCGUCGAUGCCCCGACCCUGGCCGCGGAUGGAGAACGGAGACUGCCCUGCCAACGGCGAGGAAGCGUCGGCCCCGGAGGACGAACCCGUUUUGGCACUACCGGUGGAGAUUAAGGUGGAACCGGAUGCCUCCGUGAGCGGAGAGGCUCCGUGUGGAGGCGGGCGAGUGUCCUAUUACCCCACCUACAUCCCUCGAACACUAAAACCCACGGUACCCCCGCUGACCCCAGAGCAGUACGAGAUGUACAUGUACCGCGAGGUGGACACCCUCGAGUUGACACGGCAGGUGAAGGAGAAACUGGCCAAGAAUGGGAUCUGUCAGAGGAUCUUCGGAGAGAAGGUGUUGGGUUUGUCUCAGGGCAGUGUGAGUGACAUGUUGUCCAGGCCGAAACCCUGGAGUAAACUCACUCAGAAGGGAAGAGAGCCGUUUAUACGAAUGCAGCUGUGGCUACUGGACCAACUCGGUCAGGGACUCAUCCAGCUGCCCAGCCACAACCACAACCAGGAUAAGAGUCCUGUGACAACCCGCUCGUCACCCUCUCCUCCUCUGAGUCCUGAAGACAGUCCCAACAUGAGCCUGGAGCCCGUCAGUCUGGCUCUGGAGAGCAGUAAAGAAAACCAGCAGCCACAGCAUGUGGAACCUCACGGAGGGAAGACCAGCGCAGGCCUGAUCAUCCCGCAACAGCCCCACACACCACUGGGGAUACAGGAACUGGUGGCCUUGUCACCCGAACUGGACACAUACGCCAUCACCAAGAGAGUGAAGGAAGUUCUGACAGACAAUAACUUAGGUCAGCGUCUGUUUGGAGAGAGCAUUCUGGGAUUGACCCAGGGUUCAGUGUCUGACCUGUUGUCCAGACCGAAGCCCUGGCACAAACUCAGUCUGAAGGGCAGAGAGCCGUUCAUCCGUAUGCAGCUUUGGCUCAACGAUACGCACAACGUGGACAAACUGAGAGACAUCAAGAAAAUGGAGAAGAAAGCCUACCUGAAGAGGCGUUAUGGUCUUUUGAGUCCCGGAUCAGACAGUGAUUCUCCUGGUGCUCAUUCAGACUGCAUCAGUCCAGGUCUGACCAUGCUUGAUCUCUGUCCGUUCAGUCAAGCAAAGAAACCCAGAGUGGUGCUGGCCACGGAGGAGAAGGAGGCACUGAGGAAGGCUUAUUUUCAGGAGCCCUACCCUUCACAACACACCAUAGAGAUGCUGGCCGCACAGCUCAACCUCAAAACCAACACUGUCAUCAACUGGUUUCACAACUACAGGUCACGUAUGCGACGAGAGGUCCUGAUGGAGGGUCUCCAAGACAACGACACUGAUGCCGAGCACAACAACUACUCCCCCCUCGCAUCUCAAAGCCCCAUCUCCGAGCGUGAUGACAGGAAACAGCCCUCGGCUGUCCGCAACCACUCUCUCAGCGCCGGCCCCCGACGGUUCAAACAGGAAGUGAUCGAACCGGAUGAAGACGAAACAUUCCGCCUGAGGCCGGCAAAGUGCUUCUCUUUUGGCUUGCAGUUAUCGCAGCAUAAAUGUGACCCGGAUUUGGACCCACACUGCCCCCAGGGCAUCCGGGAUGAGGAGCCGGGACGUAGUCAGGGUCUUGGCUCCGGAUCGCUCUCCGCCGAGGGCCCACAGAGAAAUGAAGAGCUGGAAAAGUCACCCGAGGAUCCCGUCAGCUUCAAAGCAUCGUCCGAACCUUCUCGUAGCAGCCUGGAGGUGUCGCUCAACUCACCUUCUGCCGCGUCGUCACCGGGCCUCAUGAUGUCCGUGUCCCCCGUCCCGUCCUCUUCCGCCCCCAUUUCUCCAUCACCACCCAACGCACCGGCCAACUGCAACCUCGACUCGCUCAACUCCAAACUCAACAAAAGCACUCAGAGGCGCAACGAAAAAAUGGCGAACCUUAACAACAUCAUCCAUCGACUGGAACGAGCCGCGAACCGAGAGGAAACGCUCGAGUGGGAGUUCUAG